AAGGUUCCUUCUGAGAAGUUACACGAUUGGUUUCCAGGGAUAGAGACUAGAGAUGCCCUAAGUUUGGGCCGCCGCCGGCGGUUCCUCCCGCCGAACCCUACUCCGCUCUGGAUCCUCCCCAACACCAUCCCGCCGCCCCUCCCGCCGGCGCGAUCAGACCAAUCCAUGGUCGGUUAGAUUCCGCGUGAGGUUUUCGCCGGGGGUCGUCUUGGAUUCCGCGUCGGUUCCGAGUCGAUCGAGGAGCCCUUUCCAUAUCCAACACGCGGCAACUCGAUCGAUCGAGUUCGCGUCCCCCAAGAACUCGGCGCCCCGUCUCGCCGAGAUUAUAUAUAGGCCCGCGAGCUCCACGAAGAUCCCCCGUCAUUGCGGCGGCGUCCAAUCCAAAUCCAAAGAGAACUCAUGAGAGGGGAUCGAUCGGCCAUGAGGGUCACCCGAGGUAUGCACCUGGAGGCCGAGGUCGCCCGGGACGUGUGGCGCGCCGGCGAGGUGGUCUGGGGCAACGGACACUCGUACGUCCUGCGGUGGUUCGACGGCGGCCCAGACUCCGGGCGCAUCCCGAGGGCGGGCGUCCGGCCGCUCCCGGAUCCAGCCGUCAAGCUGCCGGCGGACCUCGCCGCCGGCGACGACGUUGAUGUGUUCCACAGCAACCUGUGGAAGCGCGCCAAGGUCGUGGGCGCCGCCGGCCACGGUCAGUUCGAGGUCAAGAUCGCCGACUCGACCGAGGUCGUUGAGGCCGACCUGAGCGUGCUACGGCCCUGUAUGGUGUAUGGCGGAGGGGAGAAAGGCUGGGCUGUGAUCCAGAAGGGUGACAAAAUCCCCGUCGCAAGCGCCCAGCCAUGGCGCCCCGUCGCUGGCAAGAACAUCAAAAGCAAAGCCAAUAUCAAUGGAGGCGGCAAGUUCGCCGCGCAUGCCACCAAUCUCAAUCUGGGCGGCAAGACGAAGCGGAGCAACUACGCGGUGGACGCCGACAUUGUCCAGGACGUCAAGAGAUUUCAGGGCAACGUCUUCUUGGCCAAGAGAGAACCCGCAGCAAGGUACGGUGACAGCAACAUAGAGGUGAUGGAUGUACACCCAAGCCAUUACCUCAAGAAACGGGAGCAGGAGACCAGCAACAAACCCAACGAUGAAGAAAUUGAUGUGGUCGGAGGAGGAACGGACAGCGACAGCGACGAUGAUUCCAACAGUAGCAAGUCUGAUCCAUCGUCAUCUGCUGACAGCAGUGACGGAGACAGCAGCAGCAGCAGUGGCGGAAGCAACAGCAACGGCGGCCGCGCAGUUCCUGUCACCGGCGAGCAUUGCCAAGAAAAUCAAGAAGCUGCGACUCCAAGCUGCGAGGAAGAAGAGGAGCAAGAUUCCGAGGAGAGGACAGAGUCCCAUGCCAGCGCGGGAAUGCACCACCGCCUGGCCGAUGAGGAACAGGUGGUGAUGGUGAAGCAAGAUCAGCAGGUAGAGGAGCAUGAUCACCGCGUCCAUGGCCUGGAGCUGGAGGCCUACGUGAGCGUCAUGAAGGCCUUCUACUUCACGGGGCCGCUGACCUGGGCCAAGGAGGAGCUGCUGUCCGACCUCCGCCUGCAGCUCCACGUCUCCAGCGACGAGCACCUGCGAGCGAUAUGGCGUCUCAAGGGGAAGAAGUAAAGAAACUGCAGGCAGGCGUUUCAGUUCAACGGCGGCUAUUGCUGAUUGCUCUAGUUUGUAACCUGUCAAUCUGUGAUAGAUUACUGUACGUAGUUGGGAGUGUCAAGUCAGUCAUCAGUUGACUGGAUUUGAUUUGGAUCUCAGCCAAAGUUUGAUUAUGAUCA